AGGGCGAGGCCGCAGCGGCGGACACCGAGAGACAGAGAGAGAGAGACGCCCCCGGGAGCCGCGGAGGUGUAGCCGCCACCAUGGUAGCCCUCUCCCUGAAGAUCAGCAUUGGAAAUGUGGUGAAGACGAUGCAGUUCGAGCCGUCCACCAUGGUGUAUGACGCCUGCCGCAUCAUCCGCGAGCGUGUCCCUGAAGCUCAGACCGGCCCACCCAACGACUUUGGGCUGUUCCUGUCAGACGAAGACCCCAGAAAGGGCAUCUGGCUGGAAGCCGGAAAAGCCCUGGAUUACUACAUGCUCCGGAAUGGGGACACCAUGGAGUAUAAGAAGAAGCAGCGGCCCCUGAAGAUCCGCAUGCUGGAUGGUGCCGUGAAGACCAUCAUGGUGGACGACUCCAAGACUGUCACCGACAUGCUCAUGACCAUCUGUGCCCGCAUCGGCAUCACCAACCACGAUGAGUAUUCUCUGGUGCGUGAGUUGAUGGAGGAGAAGAAGGAGGAGGUCACCGGAACCCUGCGCAAGGACAAGACACUUCUGCGGGAUGAGAAAAAGAUGGAGAAACUCAAGCAGAAACUUCACACAGAUGAUGAGUUGAACUGGCUGGACCAUGGACGGACACUGCGAGAGCAGGGGGUGGAGGAGCAGGAGACGUUGCUUCUGCGAAGAAAGUUUUUCUACUCGGACCAAAAUGUGGAUUCACGGGACCCCGUGCAGUUGAAUCUCCUCUACGUGCAGGCAAGAGACGAUAUCCUGAAUGGCUCCCAUCCGGUCUCCUUUGACAAGGCCUGUGAGUUUGCGGGCUAUCAAAGCCAGAUCCAGUUUGGCCCGUACAAUGAGCAGAAGCACAAGCCUGGCUUCCUGGACCUGAAGGACUUCCUGCCCAAGGAAUAUGUCAAGCAGAAAGGGGAACGCAAAAUCUUCCAGGCCCACAAGAACUGUGAGGAGAUAAGUGAGAUUGAGGCCAAGGUGCGCUAUGUGAAGCUGGCCCGUUCCCUCAAGACCUACGGCGUCUCAUUCUUCCUGGUCAAGGAGAAGAUGAAGGGGAAGAACAGGCUGGUGCCCCGGCUGCUGGGAAUCACCAAGGAAUGUGUCAUGCGGGUAGACGAGAAGACGAAGGAGGUGAUCCAGGAGUGGAAUCUUACCAACAUCAAGCGCUGGGCGGCCUCCCCCAAGAGCUUCACCCUGGACUUUGGGGAUUACCAGGAUGGUUACUAUUCAGUUCAGACCACAGAGGGUGAGCAGAUUGCCCAACUCAUUGCCGGCUACAUCGACAUCAUCCUCAAGAAGAAAAAGAGUAAGGACCACUUUGGGCUGGAGGGCGAUGAGGAAUCCACCAUGCUGGAGGACUCGGUCUCUCCCAAGAAGUCUACAGUGCUGCAGCAGCAGUAUAACCGAGUGGGUAAGGCGGAGCAGAGCUCCUUGGCACUGCCUGCCAUCAUGCGCACCGGAGCUCCCGGCCCUGAGAACUUCCAGAUGGGCAGCAUGCCCGCCGCUCAGCAGCAGAUCACUAGCGGCCAGAUGCACCGGGGGCACAUGCCCCCACUGACCUCAGCUCAACAGGCUCUCACUGGCACCCUGAACUCCAGUAUGCAGGCUGUGCAGGCCGCUCAGGCCACUCUGGAUGACUUUGACACCCUGCCUCCCCUCGGGCAAGAUGCGGCCUCCAAGGCUUGGCGUAAGAACAAGAUGGAUGAGUCGAAGCAUGAGAUCCACUCCCAGGUGGACGCCAUCACUGCGGGCACAGCCUCAGUGGUGAACCUGACAGCAGGGGACCCCGCGGAGACGGAUUACACGGCCGUGGGCUGCGCGGUGACCACCAUCUCCUCCAACCUGACGGAGAUGUCCCGAGGUGUCAAGCUCCUGGCCGCCCUGCUAGAGGAUGAGGGCGGGAGCGGGCGGCCCCUGCUGCAGGCAGCGAAAGGCCUGGCGGGGGCCGUGUCCGAGCUGUUGCGGAGUGCCCAGCCAGCCAGCGCCGAGCCACGUCAGAACCUGCUCCAGGCGGCUGGGAACGUGGGCCAGGCCAGCGGAGAGCUACUCCAGCACAUCGGGGAGAGUGACACUGACCCCCAUUUCCAGAUGUCUGUACGCAGAGGGUCUGGGGCUCCGUCCCCCCCGACUCCCCCGACGGACAUGCUGAUGCAGCUGGCCAAGGCGGUAGCCAGUGCUGCGGCGGCGCUGGUGCUCAAAGCCAAGAGCGUGGCCCAACGGACCGAAGACCCUGCGCAGCAGAACCAGGUCAUUGCCGCGGCCACACAGUGCGCCCUCUCCACCUCCCAGCUUGUGGCCUGCACCAAAGUGGUUGCUCCCACGAUCAGCUCACCCGUGUGCCAGGAGCAGCUGGUGGAGGCCGGGCGGCUGGUGGCCAAGGCGGUGGAAGGCUGCGUGGCCGCGUCCCAGGCCGCCACGGAGGACGGGACCCUCUUGCGGGGAGUGGGCACGGCAGCCACGGCCGUGACGCAGGCGCUGAACGAGCUGCUGCAGCACGUGCGGGCCCACACCGCCGGGGGGGCCCCGGCCGGCCGCUACGACCAGGCCACGGACACCAUCCUCACAGUGACUGAAAACAUCUUCAGUUCCAUGGGUGAUGCCGGGGAGAUGGUGCGACAGGCCCGCAUACUGGCCCAGGCCACCUCGGACCUGGUCAACGCCAUCAAGGCCGAUGCCGAGGGGGAGAGCGACCUGGAGAACUCACGUAAACUGCUCAGUGCAGCCAAGAUCCUGGCGGAUGCCACGGCCAAGAUGGUGGAAGCUGCCAAGGGGGCGGCCGCUCACCCGGACAGCGAGGAGCAGCAGCAGCGGCUGAGGGAAGCAGCAGAGGGGCUGCGGAUGGCGACCAACGCUGCCGCCCAGAACGCCAUCAAGAAGAAGCUGGUCCAGCGGCUAGAGCAUGCCGCCAAGCAGGCAGCCGCCUCGGCCACCCAAACCAUCGCAGCUGCCCAGCAUGCGGCCUCAGCUUCCAAGGUCUCCGCUGGUCCCCAGCCUCAGCUGGUGCAGAGCUGCAAGGCCGUGGCGGAGCAGAUCCCGCUGUUGGUGCAAGGCGUCCGGGGGAGCCAGGCCCAACCAGACAGUCCCAGUGCCCAGCUGGCUCUCAUUGCCGCCAGCCAGAGCUUCCUGCAGCCAGGUGGAAAGAUGGUGGCGGCUGCCAAGGCUUCAGUCCCCACGGUGCAGGACCAGGCGUCUGCCAUGCAGCUGAGCCAGUGCGCCAAGAACCUGGGCACCGCCCUGGCCGAGCUACGCACCGCUGCCCAGAAGGCUCAGGAGGCCUGUGGGCCCCUGGAGAUGGACUCUGCCCUGAGCCUGGUGCAGAGUUUGGAGCGAGACCUCCAGGAGGUGAAGGCAGCAGCCAGAGAUGCCAAACUCAAACCUCUGCCUGGGGAGACGAUGGAGAAAUGUGCCCAGGACCUGGGAAACAGCACCAAAGCCGUGAGCUCUGCCAUCGCCCAGCUGCUCGGCGAAGUGGCCCAGGGCAAUGAGAACUAUGCAGGAAUCGCAGCCCGGGAUGUGGCAGGAGGCCUGCGGGCACUGGCCCGGGCAGCCCGGGGCGUGGCCGCCUUGACCUCGGACCCCAUGGUGCAGGCAGCCGUGCUGGACUGUGCCACUGACGUCCUGGACAAGGCCAGUAGCCUCCUUGAGGAGGCCAAGCGGGCAGCUGGUCGGCCAGGCGACCCUGAGAGCCAACAGCGCCUGGCACAGGUGGCCAAGGCCGUGACCCAGGCUCUGAGUCGCUGUGUGAGCUGCCUGCCUGGGCAGCGCGAUGUGGAUGAUGCCCUGCGCACCGUUGGGGAUGCCAGCAAGCGGCUACUGGGUGACACGUCUCAGCUUCCCGCCAGCAACAAGACUUUCCAGGAGGCGCAGAGCCAGCUGAACGAGGCAGCCGCGGGACUGAACCAGGCAGCCACGGAGCUGGUGCAGGCUUCGCGGGGCACCCCCCAGGAUCUGGCCCGAGCCUCGGGGCGCUUUGGCCACGACUUCAACAACUUCCUAGAGGCCGGCGUGGAGAUGGCGAGCCAGGCUCCGAGCCAAGAGGACCGGGCCCAGGUGGUGUCCAACCUGAAGGGGAUCUCCAUGUCUUCAAGCAAACUGCUCUUGGCGGCCAAGGCCCUCUCCACGGACCCCGCCGCCCCCAACCUCAAGAGCCAACUGGCUGCCGCGGCCCGAGCCGUCACUGACAGCAUCAACCAGCUCAUCAGCAUGUGCACCCAGCAGGCUCCUGGUCAGAAGGAAUGCGACAAUGCCCUCCGGGAGCUGGAGACAGUGCGGGAGCUGCUGGAGAACCCAGUACAACCCAUCAAUGACAUGUCCUACUUCAACUGCCUGGACAGCGUCAUGGAGAACUCCAAGGUGCUGGGUGAGGCCAUGACUGGGAUCUCCCAAAAUGCCAAGAACAGCAACCUGCCUGAGUUCGGAGAAGCCAUCAGCACAGCCUCCAAGGCUCUCUGCGGUUUCACCGAGGCCGCCGCCCAGGCCGCGUAUCUGGUCGGCGUCUCGGACCCCAAUAGCCAGGCCGGGCAGCAGGGGCUGGUGGAGCCCACCCAGUUCGCCCGCGCCAACCAGGCGAUUCAGAUGGCGUGCCAGAGCCUGAGCGAGGCGGGCUGCACUCAGGCCCAGGUCCUCUCUGCUGCCACCAUCGUGGCCAAGCACACCUCAGCCCUGUGUAACAGCUGCCGCCUGGCCUCCGCCCGCACCGCCAACCCAACUGCCAAGCGUCAGUUCGUCCAGUCGGCCAAGGAAGUGGCCAACAGCACUGCCAACCUUGUCAAGACUAUCAAGGCCCUGGACGGGGCCUUCACCGAAGAGAACCGAGCUCAGUGCCGAGCAGCUACUGCCCCGCUCCUGGAAGCCGUGGACAAUCUGAGCGCCUUUGCUGCCAAUCCUGAGUUCUCCAGUGUCCCGGCACAGAUCAGCCCCGAGGGUCGCGCGGCCAUGGAACCCAUCGUGGUGUCCGCCAAAACGAUGCUGGAGAGUGCAGGGGGACUGAUUCAAACGGCCCGGGCGCUGGCAGUCAAUCCCCGGGACCCCCCUCGUUGGUCGGUGCUGGCCGGACACUCCCGCACCGUCUCCGACUCCAUCAAGAAGCUCAUCACCAGCAUGAGAGACAAGGCUCCCGGGCAGCGGGAGUGUGAAACGGCCAUCGCGGCACUGAACAGCUGCCUGCGCGACCUGGACCAGGCUUCCCUCGCUGCCAUCAGCCAGCAACUUGCCCCCCGGGAGGGCAUCUCCCAGGAGGCCUUGCAUACGCAGAUGCUGACCGCCGUGCAGGAAAUCUCCCACCUCAUCGAACCACUGGCCAGUGCGGCCCGGGCGGAGGCCUCCCAGCUUGGACACAAGGUGUCCCAGAUGGCUCAGUACUUUGAACCGUUGACCCUGGCAGCUGUGGGGGCGGCCUCCAAGACCCAGAGCCACCCGCAGCAGAUGGCAUUGCUGGACCAGAGUAAGACCUUGGCCGAGUCUGCCCUGCAGCUGCUCUACACCGCCAAGGAGGCCGGAGGCAACCCCAAGCAGGCCGCCCAUACUCAGGAGUCCCUAGAAGAGGCCGUGCAGAUGAUGACGGACGCCGUGGAGGACCUGACCGCCACACUGAACGAGGCCGCCAGUGCUGCCGGGGUGGUGGGGGGCAUGGUGGAUUCCAUCACCCAGGCCAUCAACCAGUUGGACGAAGGGCCAAUGGGUGAGCCAGACGGGUGCUUCGUGGACUACCAGACGACGAUGGUGCGGACAGCCAAGGCUGUGGCGGUCACUGUGCAGGAGAUGGUGACCAAGUCCAGCAGCAAUCCUGAGGAGCUGGGCCCUCUGGCCAACCAGCUGACCAGCGACUACGGUUACCUGGCCUCGCAGGCCAAGCCGGCCGCCAUGGCCGCCGAGAACGAGGAGAUCGGUGCCCACAUCAAGCACCGGGUGCAGGAGCUGGGCCACGGCUGCGCUGCUCUGGUCACCAAAGCCGGUGCCCUGCAGUGCAGCCCCAGCGAUGCCUACACCAAGAAGGAGCUCAUGGAGUGUGCCCGCCGUGUCUCCGAAAAGGUGUCCCACGUCCUGGCGGCGCUCCAGGCCGGGAACCGCGGCACCCAGGCCUGCAUCACGGCCGCCAGCGCCGUUUCCGGCAUCAUCGCCGACCUCGACACCACCAUCAUGUUCGCCACGGCCGGCACGCUGAAUCGCGAAGGCGCGGAAACCUUUGCUGACCACCGGGAAGGUAUCCUGAAAACAGCGAAAGCGCUCGUGGAGGACACCAAGGUCCUGGUCCAGAACGCAGCAGCCAGCCAGGAGAAGCUGGCACAGGCUGCCCAGUCGUCAGUGGGGACCAUCACCCGCCUGGCUGAGGUUGUCAAGCUGGGUGCCGCCAGCCUGGGGGCUGAGGACCCCGAGACCCAGGUUGUCCUGAUCAACGCAGUGAAGGAUGUGGCCAAAGCGCUCGGCGACCUCAUCAGUGCCACCAAAGCCGCAGCCGGGAAAGCGGGGGAUGACCCUGCCGUCUGGCAGCUCAAGAACUCCGCCAAGGUGAUGGUGACCAACGUGACGUCGCUCCUGAAGACGGUGAAGGCGGUGGAGGACGAGGCCACCAAGGGCACCCGAGCGCUGGAGGCCACAACGGAGCACAUCCGGCAGGAGCUGGCGGUGUUCUGCUCCUCAGAGCCCCCUGCCAAGACCUCCACCCCGGAGGAUUUUAUUCGCAUGACCAAAGGCAUCACCAUGGCAACGGCCAAGGCCGUCGCUGCCGGUAACUCCUGUCGCCAGGAGGAUGUCAUCGCCACGGCCAACCUCAGCCGGCGGGCCAUCGCGGACAUGCUGCGGGCCUGCAAGGAGGCCGCUUACCAUCCUGAGGUGGCUCCUGAGGUGCGACUCCGCGCCCUGCACUACGGUCGGGAGUGCGCCAACGGCUACCUGGAACUGUUGGACCACGUGCUACUGACCCUGCAGAAGCCAAGCCCGGAACUGAAGCAGCAGCUGACGGGACACUCAAAGCGUGUAGCGGGCUCCGUCACUGAGCUCAUCCAAGCCGCCGAAGCCAUGAAGGGCACGGAGUGGGUGGACCCCGAGGACCCCACCGUCAUCGCCGAGAACGAGCUCCUCGGAGCCGCCGCCGCCAUCGAGGCUGCCGCCAAGAAGCUAGAGCAGCUGAAGCCGCGAGCCAAGCCCAAGGAAGCAGACGAGUCCCUGAACUUCGAGGAACAGAUCCUGGAGGCGGCCAAGUCCAUCGCCGCAGCCACCAGCGCCCUGGUGAAGGCGGCGUCGGCUGCCCAGAGGGAGCUGGUGGCCCAAGGGAAGGUCGGCGCCAUCCCAGCCAACGCCCUGGAUGACGGACAGUGGUCACAAGGCCUCAUUUCCGCCGCCCGGAUGGUGGCGGCGGCCACCAACAACCUGUGUGAGGCAGCCAAUGCGGCUGUGCAGGGCCACGCCAGCCAGGAGAAGCUCAUCUCCUCCGCCAAGCAGGUGGCCGCCUCCACCGCCCAGCUGCUGGUGGCCUGCAAAGUCAAGGCAGACCAGGACUCGGAAGCCAUGAAGCGGCUCCAGGUUGCUGGCAACGCGGUGAAGCGAGCCUCGGAUAACCUGGUGAAAGCAGCCCAGAAGGCAGCGGCCUUCGAGGACCAGGAGAACGAGACGGUCGUGGUGAAGGAGAAGAUGGUUGGGGGCAUUGCCCAGAUCAUCGCAGCCCAGGAGGAGAUGUUGCGGAAGGAGCGGGAGCUGGAUGAGGCCCGAAAGAAGCUGGCCCAGAUCCGGCAGCAGCAGUACAAGUUCCUACCCUCAGAGCUACGGGAUGAGAGUCAGCACUGAGCACAGGCCGCGCUGGGCCACCCCUUCUAUUUAAUACAGACCCCGAUGACGACCAGUGCCCCUCUUGGCUGGCCCCGCUCACCCCCUCCCUCCCGCGCCCUCCCCUCCAAGCGCCCGGAGACAUCGACCAAAGCUUUUUGUGCCACAAUCUGCUGUUAAGGCCGGGGGACUCGUCCCCCGUAUAACCGUGCACAGGCCCCGCGCCUCCCCGAAGUGCCUACCCCCCGGUUUGGGCCCGGCCUCGGCCCCUACUGCACUACUCCCCCCCCCCCCCCCAAGUGCCUUUAUGUCCUAGGGCUCAAAGCCCUUUGAGCAAGAGACCCAGUCCCCAAGACCACCCCCCCACCCCAAGUGCCUACCCCCAGAGUAUUAACGCGCCCAGAGUAUUAACGCUGCUGCAGCUACCUCCGGUUCCUCGGACUCUGGCCAAAGAAGCCUGGAGGCUUUGCUGAAAGGCGAGGAGGGGAGAUGGGUGUCCCCCCCUCCCCGCCGCCCCCUUUCCCCCUACUGCCCACCAGCCUUGGCUCUGCUCUGCCCCGUUUUGAUACUGUGUUCCCUUGGGAUUGUGAAUCCACGGGGGAUGCUUCUUCUCCCUGAAAUCAGUUGUGCCUCAUUAAAGGUGUACCCCG